AUGUCUUCUUAUGCCAUCUUGCUACUAAUUUUGAGGGUCUUGUGGGUCAAUGCAGCUCCCUCCACAUGUCUUGAGCGCUAUAAAGUCCUCCAAGAAAAUCCAGGCAUACCCACGGAAGGCUUGACGUUCUGCGAUAGCGGUCUGCAAGGUGGCGCUGGAAGCCAGACCGGUUCACAGCAAGGUGCCGCCAGCAACGACACAACCCAGCCGACGACCUUUACUGGAACCGCAGGAAAUUCUUCCGAAGGCACCUCAUCUACUGGACCUCCACCGACGAUAAGCAGCGGUAGCUCGAUUGCUCAGUCGCCACAGAAUCAAAACCAGAGCACGACCACAAACAGUGCCCAGACUUCACACGAUUACGGUUUUGGACAGGGGCCUUGCACCGGAGGAAAUGUUCCACAAAUCGUCAGUGGUAGCUGUAAACCGGGCUUCUUAAACACCGUUUUCAACCACGAUGUCUCAAACGAAGUCUGGCAAACCAUCAAAGCGCACAAUGUUACGAAUUUCAUUUCCUUUUGGAUGGACGGCAAAGAGAAAGACACAAAGUCUAUAACUUCUUCCAUAGCAGAUGAUUGUGCUCGCAUCCCCCUUGCGACAGAUCAGAGUCAAAUGUCACGCGUACAAAGCUUCGUAGAUACUCAGCCCCUCUUUCUGGGGCUCUUCAAUGAACCAGAUCUUGUCGGAGGUCAAUGGCCGAUGAUUGCAGCUCCUGACGUUGGCACGAGUGUCAAAGAGACACUAGAUCAGAUACCUACGACCUCGAGACGGCCAAACUUCCUUGCGCCAGCGCUGUUUGACAACAGCAAGCAGAUGGCCGACCCGAAUGAUAGUUCCUCGUGGUGGGGACAAUUCAAGGCAAACUGCCCGGGCUGUAUGGACAGAUUACCGAUCAUCUCGGUGCACCUGUAUGAGGAAGACGAGCAGCAGGCAAUUAGCACCGUCAGCGCGAUCGCAGCUCGCUUCCCUACACACCGCCUCUGGAUCACGGAGCUGUCACCUCGCCACGACAGCUGUAAUUACAGUAGUGAGCGCAUACAGCAAUGGAUGAAGACGGUGCUGGUAGCUUUGAAUAAACAUCAGCAAGUCGACAAAGUUUUCUGGAAUAAUGGAGAAUGGGGCGACAUGGGGGAUUGCAACGUUAGCUUGACAGGGCCUGAUGGCAAGGCCACAGAUCUAUUGACAGCGCUUGGGGAUGCGGAGCUCUGUGAUGAAGUUGUGGCUCCAGCUACUUCCCAGACGUCGUAG